AUGUGUAUCUCUCUAUUUGCCCUCGUGCCUGACAUUAAGACUAUAAGGUUCUUUGAUACCCGUGAUGCACUGUUUCCGCCCAGUUCUGUGCAAAUAGAUGAGGCAUGUAAGUCAGAGCACCAUCAUCCAAGCCAUGCAGCAUCGUUGAGUACCAAGAAUCCAGACUUCCAUAGUACUCUGGCUAUAUCCGCAUCUUAUAUUGACUUCUCUCGGCGAAAAUCAACAAAAUUCACUAAAACUCUUCAUCAUAUCUCCCAAGCGUAUUCUUUGGUCAAAAUUGAGCUACCAGGCCCCUUUUCUGUCUAUGACAGCGCUAUAGCUGCUAUGGUCAGCCUCGUCAUCUACCAGCAAGCAUAUCACCAACAUACAACUGGGCCGACUUAA